CACUUGCUACUUAUUAAGAGACGCGCAAUGUAUAGAUCGUGUUUAAAAUCUAAAGUAUUUGAAAAUCAAAAUCCCUUAAUGUGGUGCAGUAAAGAAACUAACGGUGCUAAGAUUGUAGCAUCCGAUUCAAUUGGCGAUUAUUCGAUAACAGAGUGUAAGGAGCCUGAAAAUGAAGAGCAGUCACAAUUGCGAAAUCCAAAAGCUAUUGUCAUUGUUGAGCCCCGUCAAAUGCGAACCACAAGUCCGAGUACCAGCACCACCACCUCAAGUAAUCCCGAGUGGUUCAUGCUACCCCACACAGUUGAUAUCAAUAAUGAUGUUAUGCGCUUGGUUAGCAGUCUCUCCACUGUGGUUCAAAUCCUCACUCGUAUGACGAAUGCGGCGGCGCAGGAAUUACGUCAGCAUCCUGAACGGGAGGAGGGCUUCCAAGGACUUCGUAUGCUGCUCAAUUAUGCCGAUCAAAUGUAUACCACGCUGUUGCAGCCACAGACAUUCUCGAUGGAACGAUCAGCAUCUCAGAGGAAUUCCCAAACGCAGUCGUACAGCCUGUUCCAUCAUUUAUUUGAGCCCAUGCUAAGUCCUGGGAACAGAGGGGAGGAGGCAUCAUCGAGGCAGGCAGAGAGACCAUCCGCACAUCGUACAUAUCCGUAUAGGGUUGUAUCAGCUGCUGCUGAAUCUGAUGCAUCGCUAGAUCUUAGCCUAUAGGGUUGUCGCCAGACCUUGAAGCAAAUGUGGAUCACAUUAGAAAUUGACUUGGAAUCAGAAUCAGAGUAUCUUUGGUUGUGUUGCAGCUUAAAUUGUUUGUGAAUAUAAAUAUAUUAUGUGCAACUUGCAUUCCCACUUGACAA